AUGUGGUGCUCGACUUCGAAAACAUUGAAACCUGACAAUGAAUGUUCUCAGAAAUCAUGGGAUCUUCCGUUGAUUGAUUUGUCAUCCAAACAUCUCCUUGACUCAGCUAAAAACUCCCCAUUUGAAGAGGCUCGUCUCAAGGCAGUAAGCACAAAGGAAUCUGGAGCUUGGCUUAAUGCACUUCCUGUUGCAUUCCUUGGAACAUUAUUGGAUGAUGAAUCUUUCAGGAUAUCUGUAGGCUUACGUCUAGGUUGUUCAAUUUGUACUACACAUAAAUGCAGAUGUGGAUCUACCGUUAACGAAAAGGGAGUUCAUGGUUUGAGCUGUAAAUUCAGUGCAGGUCGUUUUCCUAGACACUCUACUGUUAAUGAUCUGAUUAGAAGAGCUUUGACAACUUCGGAUAUUCCAGCUAUUUUGGAACCUUUGGGAAUCAGUCGUGAUGACGGAAAACGUCCGGAUGGGAUGUCUCUCAUUCCAUGGAGUCACGGAAAACCUUCAGUAUGGGACUUCACAUGCGUAGAUACAGUUGCUGCUUCACAUAUCGAUUCGACAUCGAAAAUCGCCGGAGGAGCAGCAGAUUCAGCUGAAAAAAUGAAGUUGAAAAAAUAUUCUACUUCGAGGGACCAAUAUAUUCUGUAUCCUGUUGCCAUAGAAACUUACGGAUCUUUUGGCCCCUAUGCUACAGAAUUAUUCAAUCUCAUUGAAAGGGAACUCAUCCAUAAAACUGACGAUAAUAGAGCUCGAUCUUUCCUGAUUCAGCAGAAGCUUUGGUCGAACGAUCCUUCGAUCCGAGUCGUAUGUUUGGACGAUCUGAAACUUCGGAUUCAAAGGUUCGCACCUCAAUUCAGAGGCUCCUCGCAACAGGAUGCACAAGAAUUUCUUUGUUACCUGCUGGAGGGGCUGCACGAGGACGUCAACAUGGCCGUAGAUGAACCGAACCCGAACCCAAAGCCAGUACUUAUGGAAAUCGACAAAUCAUUCAGUUUUAAUGUCGACGCAAUGGAUUCGUGGUCGAGAUUCUUGAUAAUGAAUAAAUCUAAGUUCGUCGAUAAUUUUGUCGGGCAGUUGAAGUCUACUUUGAGAUGCACCUUCUGUGGAUAUUGUUCGGAGACAUUCGACCCAUUUUGGGAGUUGUCUUUACCGAUACCACAGCGAUCAGGCCAACUCAGCUUGUCACACUGCUUGGACUCGUUCACGAGUGUUGAGAUUUUAGACGGCGAGGAGAAACCAACUUGCUCGAUGUGUAGAGAGAAAAGAAAAUGUUUGAAGUUCCCAAAAAUUUUAGUUAUACAUCUGAAACGUUUCUCGCAGUCUGUAGAGUUCAGUGAGAAACUUAACACAUUUGUCGACUUCCCCUUGAUCGGCUUAGACAUGAGCCCCUAUGCAGCUGAAGAUAUCGUACCAUGUCCUAACAAUCUGUACGCUAUCUCAAACCACAGCGGUACCACCUACAGCGGACACUUCACAGCCUACUGCAGACAUCUAUAUACGAAAAUUUGGCACGAAUACAAUGAUUCCCUGGUUUCUUCAAUUCCGCCGAACUCUCUCGUAAGUGGGGAUGCUUAUAUUCUUUUUUAUCAACAAGAGGCUCACCCCAAAUUCGAACAACGUGAUGUUGACUCUGUGAAAAGCUACUGCUCCGUAGCUGAUCCCGAUAGCACCCUUCGUACAGUCUAUUCCGCUGAUAACCACGACAUGUUCAACACAGUCGUGGAGAAGCAUGAAACUCCAGUUUACCUAGCUCCAGCUGCACACUCUGACCCAGUAGAUAUUGUUCACUCUGGUCCAGUACUGAAUUUUCUAUCCAACACCCACUAUGGAUACCUCCACCAGCAGUGUUGCCACUCUAGUGGCAAUAGACCACACUCCUCUUUCCCCGAGAAGUCUAUGGGGUAUAAUCUUGAAGGUAUCUAGGAGGACACCAUUGUCGAGACGGCCUUACUUGAAAAUCCUGAGCAGGUACAUUUGAUGUGUCAUUCAUUGGCUGCCUAGUAGCUUCAAUAGAUGGAGACUGCAUCAUUGGUAUCUCUUCCACUUCUGAUAAAUGUCCCGCUUCCCCAUCAGCCCUCAUCCUGGAUUCUAGCACGAAGUUGAUCAGUAUGUCUUCCAUCGGGGGUGCCUACUCGGUAUCUCACUGGUCCUGUGUUUUGAAUGAUUUGGGAUGGUAUCCAUUUUUGACCAGGAGUAUAAGAUCGAGCGAACACAUUUCCUUCCUCAUUGUAUGUCCUGAUGUCCCUAGUCCUUGGUGAUUUUGACUUCUGUUUUGCAAUAAUUUCCUUCCUAAAAUCUGCCUGUACUCUAUCCAGGAGUGUUAUCAACUUACGGCCCAUCAUCACCUCGGCUGGUGAUUUCGCAGUCAUACUGUGUGGUGUUAUAUUCUGUAUCAGUAGACAGCAUGAUGAAGUUGCCGAUAUAUCAUUACCAGACAUUUUCUCAAUGGCAGACUUCACAUUUUGAACCAUUCGCUCAGCUUGACCAUUACUACUUGGGCGCUACAUGAUCCUGUCUUAUUAUAAUUCGUCCUAGGAAAUUCUUAAAAUCAUUGGAGAUGGAAGCAGUACCAUUAUCGGAUACCACUACUUCUGGAAUGCCAUGUGUGGCAAACAGUUCAUGUAGCAGUUAAGCAAGCGAACGUUAGUUUAGUUCAUUGUACCAGUAUAUCACCUGACGAAGCUAUUGUGUUAGCGAAACAUGACGUGUGUUUAAAAAUUUUGUGGAAAUCUUUCCGUUUGUGGAGUUUUUACUAUUGAUUUCAGUUCAUUCAAUGUUCUGUCAAAACUGACACCUCUGUCGGAUCUGUCAUUUUCGAUUUUGUUAGAGGGUUUGACGUAAUUAU